ACGAUUGCACGUACAGCACGUAUUCUUUAACUCCUCAUAAUUAUAAUAAAGCCUGUUACUAAAUACAAACACGAUAUUACGUACCAACAAUGUCUAAACGCAACAGCGUUGGACCUUCAAAUACCCUAUUUAACUAUUUUACUAAAACACCGCCCGCCAACAAGAAGGCGAAACCCGUACAAAAUGGAGACGGAACUCCAGACCUCGACUCAUUAAAAAAAGAAAUAGAAGUUAAAAUUGAGAAUAAGAAACGCGAGAGGCAAGUCACUCCCUCUCCAGAAGUGAAGGAGGAAGUACACAGUGAUGGUGACGAACCUAUCGCUCCUAAGAAACGGAAGAGGAUCAGAUUGAAUCCUGUGGAUUCCGAUGAUUCUGAUACGGAAAAUAAAGUAGAUAACAUAAUUGAGACCCCAAAGGAGAAGACAGCACUAGGGAAAAAACUGAAUGAUAGUUUUAAGUAUGAGGCGAUCCAGACACCAAAGGGCACCAGCAAGAGCUCAAAGAAACCAGCUGCAACUAAUGGGCCAGCCAUACCACCAAAAACUGAGACAGCAGACGAGUUGCCGGUCAACGACGAUGGCAACUGGGUGCACUGCAAACUGGACUGGCUCCGGCCUGACAAGAUUCGCGACGCCAACAAGAGGAAGCCAGAUCAUCCGGACUAUGAUCCUUCCACUCUCUUUGUGCCAACGGAGUUCAUGAAUAAUCAGACUCCUGCUCAUCGUCAAUGGUGGCAGAUGAAAACAUCUCAUUACGAUUGCGUUCUUUUCUUCAAAGUCGGCAAGUUCUACGAAUUGUACCACAUGGACGCCGCGGUCGGGGUCAACGAACUCGGAUUCUCAUACAUGAAGGGUGAUUUCGCUCACUCCGGUUUCCCGGAGAGCGCGUACGCUAGAAUGGCCAAUACGCUGGUGUCUAAAGGGUAUAAAGUAGCUCGAGUUGAGCAAACGGAGACGCCUGAUAUGAUGCAGGAUAGGUGCAAGAAACUGGGUCAAACCUCAAAGUUCGACAAGGUGGUGCGUCGAGAAAUAUGCCAAGUGACGCUACGUGGCGCGCAUGCGGCCGGUCUGCAAGACCCGGGCCCGGCCGAGCCUGGCGCGGAUUACAUGCUGUGUGUAGCCGAGGAGGAAAGCAACGGGAUCAGCACAUAUGGCGUGUGCUUCGUCGACGCUUCAAUAGGGUUGUUCCAUCUGGGACAAUUCAAGGACGACAAGCAUUCCUCAAGACUUCUUACUACUCUGGCGCAUUUUCCGCCCGCACUAAUCGUAUACGACCGUAGAUCCACCACAGCGCGUACAUCAAAGUUACUCGGCACACAUUGCCACCGCGCACGACGCGAACCUCAAGUAUUAUGGCCACCGGAGAAGACUCUUAAAACGCUUGCGGAAAACUACUACAAGACCAACGCCGAUGGGGAUUGGCCGGAGGGAUUGAAGCCUUUCCUGCAUGAAGGUGACGCCUUAGGUUUAACUCCAGCCCCAAAUUGCUACCUAGCGAUCAAAGCCCUAGGCGGCUGCGUGUCCUACCUCUCCCAAUGCCUCCUCGACAUACAAGUACUAGGCAUGUCGCAGUUCGAGUCCUUCGUGCCGCCCGACGUGCUAAACAAGACCUUAUCGCAAGAGCUCAAGGUCGAGAAUAAGUGGGAAGGCGGCAGUACCAUGGUGUUGGAUGCUAUCACGUUGAGGAAUUUGAGGAUAGUACAGGAUGAGGGGUGUUUGUAUGACAAGUUGAAUUUUUGUGCCACUGCUAUGGGUAAAAGAUUGUUAUACCAGUGGGUAUGUGCGCCAAGCUGCAAUUUAGCCGUUAUAAAGGAACGCCAGGAGGCUGUCAAGGAGUUAUUCGAGAACCAAGAGCUGAGUCAAGAUGCGAAGAAUAUACUUACUACAUUGCCAGAUUUGGAACGGCUUUUGGCGAAAGUGCACACCCUCGGCAACUUGAAGCGCUCGACAUCGCACCCCGACUCACGCGCCAUCUUCUACGAAGAGAAGACCUACUCCAAACGAAAAGUCCUCGACUUCAUCGCCGUGCUCAAUGGAUUCCAGUCUGCACUGAAACUUGUUGAGUUAUUUGAUGACGCAGAAAGCGGAAUGUUGAAGAAAUUAACGAAGUUUAGUCCGCAUGGAAAGUUUCCGGAUUAUAGGGACACGUUGAAGUUUUUUAAGGAAGGAUUCAACCAAUCCGAAGCCGAGAAAGAAGGUCGCAUCCUGCCCGGCGCGGGCGUCGACCCCGAGUAUGACAACACACUGCAACUUAUUGACAAUAUACAGAAAGAGCUCAAGGAGUAUCUGGCUGAACAGGAGAAAUACUUCAAGUGUCGGUUGAAGUACGUGGGAACCGACAAGAAGCGUUAUCAGAUAGAGGUACCAGAAAGCGCUACGAAAAGGGCAACUUCUGACUACCACAUGGAAGGUGCCCGAAAAGGGUUCAAGAGAUUCUCUACCAGUGAAACUAAGGACCUCCUAGCCCGUAUGACGGCAGCCGAAGAUCAAAAGCGCGACGUCCUGAAAGACCUGAGUCGUCGAAUGUUCGAGAAAUUCUCCAGCAACCACGCGUACUGGGACGCCGCCGUGCAGUGUGUUGCGGUUUUGGACAUACUACUGGCUUUAGCAGAGUUUGCGAGGCAGCAGAGCGGGGAUGUUUGUCUGCCGAGUGUUACUUUCGACCCGGAGCAAAAGCCCUUCAUAAACAUAGUAGACGGGCGGCACCCGUGCAUACCCGUCGCGGAGUUCAUCCCCAACGACACGAAUCUGGGCGGAGAAGCCGCGCUACUUCUGCUGACGGGUCCCAACAUGGGUGGCAAGUCUACACUCAUGCGGCAGAUGGGUCUACUCACUGUUUUGGCGCAUUUGGGUUCAUACGUCCCAGCGUCAGAAUACAGCCUAAGCGUAGUGGACCGCGUGUUCACACGGCUCGGCGCGGCCGACGAUAUCCUGUCGGGGCAGUCCACGUUCCUCGUGGAAAUGAACGAAACAGCAGCUAUUGUCAAGCACGCCACCGUGCAUUCUUUGGUGCUGUUGGAUGAACUUGGCCGCGGCACGUCGACCUACGACGGGACAGCGAUAGCGUCGGGCGUGUGCGUGGAGCUAGCCGAGCGCGGGUGCCGCGUGGUGUUUUCUACGCACUAUCACUCGCUCGUGCAUCAUCUGGCGUCGCAUCCUGGAGUUGUGUUAGGACAUAUGGCGUGCAUGGUGGAAACGGACGAGUCCACAGCGGACAGCGACGACCACAUCCCCGAGGAGACCAUCACGUUCCUGUACAAGUUGUCCCCCGGCGCGUGUCCCAAGUCGUACGGCUUCAACGCCGCGCGCCUCGCCGGCGUACCCCGCGAGAUCACACGCAGGGCGCACCAGAUAUCCAAGAACCUCGAGAAAGAGGCGACGUGUGUGCGCGCUUUUAGGGAUAUUGUGAAGUUGGACGAUGGUAAACAGAUUAGGGAGCUGCUAGCGGCUUUGAGUAUUUAAAAAUGAUAAUUUACUUUUGAUAAAAUUGUUUUAAUAUUUUUGGCGAUAUUGAGUAGUUUGACUCGAGUUAUUAGUUUUAGGCGGUCGAAUAUAAAUUUCUAUUAAUACUUUUGCUAUUAAGUUUGAUAGAAGGAGGCGACGUGUGUGCGUGCUUUUAGAGAUAUUGUGAAAAUGGAAGAUGGGAUACAGAUUAGGGAUCUGCUAGCGGCUUUGAGUAUUUAUAGGUGGUCAAGCAAAUCUUGUCAGUAGAAAAAGGCGGCAAUUUAAAAGAAAUGUGGGCGCGAAGCAUUAUCGUCCCAUAGAAAAUUUGAAUUUCUCGCCUUUUUCUACCGACAAGAUUUGCUGACCAACUAUAAAUAUAACGAUUUACUUAUGAUAAAAUUGAUUAUGAAUUUUUGGCGAUAUUAAAGAAUUUGUCGGGAGUUAUUGUUAGUUUUAAGCGGUCGAAUAUAGUUCGUUAAUACUAUUACUAUUACGAUAGUUGGAUAGUCUAAAGUCUCCAACGCUGCGGUAAGCAGCUUCAAAGCUGCGCUCGCGGCUUUCAUUGAGAACUGCCACCGAAGUAUUAUUCUAGACAUGAAAGUUGCCUCCGAAGCAGCCAUAGACGUUAAGAUUUUCGUAGUCUAUUAAUUAUUGAAUUGUGGUUUAUUGUACAUGUACUGUCUUGAAUAUCCUAGUCUGUUCUUGGAGUAUAAUCUUUUCUCAGUUGAUGUGAUAAUUUUUGUUUAAAGUGCUAGAGAUAUUCAGUUUUUUUUUUCAUCAUAAUAUAAAUGAGAAGUAGAACUAUGAUUAUUAUGAUUGUUGGUAGGACAGACUCUCUUGAGUCUCAAUUUGAAGAACUUGAGUCGUUUUUACGCAACUUUGCGCUUAAAAAACUUCCGAGUCUGAGUGCUUUAUUGAGUCUUUUAAGCGCAACUUAAAAGGACUCGAACCUUCGGAUAAAGACUUCGUCUAUUUUAUUUUUAGGUUUUAUCUAAAUGAACACUAAGGAAAAUAGGCGUUAUUGAAAAAUUUGUACCUAACCCAUGAAUUUCGUAUGGAGACUGCGUUAAAUAAAGAAAUGAUACAUAAUUUAAGUUCUCUUUAUAGGACUCAAGUCUUUACUAAAGACUCGGGUCUCGAUAAGAACUUAAGUUUCUACUUAAUGACGAGUCUGAAAAACUGAGUCGAGUCUUAAAGCAGGGGACUCAAAGGACUCUAGUCUUAGUAUAAGGCCUGAGUUGACGCUCGAAGCGGAGCGUUCGGCGGGGCGUGCAACGUGGCGUCGGGCUCGCAAGUGAUGUGACCAGCGUGUACUAACGCCGCUCCUAUACGUUUGCAUUUGUUUAACAUGCACGCCCCACGCCCCGCUCCGCUGCACGCCUAAGUGUAAGGCCUGAGUGGACGCUCGAAGCGGAGCGUUCGGCGGGGCGUGCAGCGUGGCGUCGGGCUCACAAGUAAUUUGAGCAGCGUGCACUAAGGCCGCUCCUAUACGUUUGCAUUUGUUUAAUAUGCACGCCGCACGCCCCGCCCCGCUGCACGCCCAACUCGAGCGUCCACUCAGGUCUUACACUAAUUCGAGCGUUGAGCGUGCAGCGGGGCGGGGCGUGCGGCGUGCAUGUUAAACAAAUGCAAACGUAUAGGAGCGGCGUUAGUACACGCUGGUCACAUCACUUGUGAGCCCGACGCCACGUUGCACGCCCCGCCGAACGCUCCGCUUCGAGCGUCCACUCAGGCCUUACACUUAACCAACACUAAAUUGAUUAUCUAUGCACUAGAUUUUAGUUUAAGAUUUAUAUAAAUCAUAAUGCGGUAAUGUCACUUUAUUGUAUCUAAUUCUGAUAAAGUCGGACUACGAUAGCUGCAUGUGCAUUUGCAAUGAAAGUAUGAUUAGAUUAGAUAUGUUUAUUUCACAACAUAUGAUUGCAGUACAAAUUACCUACAUUAAUGUCAAUUUAUAAGAAUCUAUAUUGUGAUCGUCAGAAAUAAAUUUAAACAAUAGACUUAUAUUGACCGGGAUAUAGACCGUGAUUACCUUUUGUAUUAUUUGUGAGCUCCUGAUAUUUCGACGCAGUUACAUGCAUCAUGUUCACGGGUGACUGAAGAAAGUCUAGUGAAACUAACCGUGAAUCAUUCAAAACUCUAAAUUUAAACAAUAGCAAGAUAAUCCAAAUAAAUUCAUUUCAUUAAUUAUACAUUAUAUAAAAAAAAUCCCCUAAAAAGGAUCGUCAAAUAAUAACAAUAAUAAACAAAGAAAAAGUCAAAAAUAAGUAUGCGAUUAUAAAUUAUAGUUAUGUCUAAAAAUUCACUUAUUGAAUAUAAUGGGUUGUCCAAAUGUCCAGUAAAAAGUUUCUGAAUCGACGCUUGAAUGUUGUAUGUCAUGUAUAAUGCCACUCCCUCACUUUGCUAUGUUCACAUCGGUGCAAAGUUAGCUUACACGGACUCUACCACUGUAAGUCUUAAUGGCAUGUCAUUAUAAUUUACCAUAGAAUAGAAUGAAAUAGUUGCGUUGAAUGAAAAAAUGGGUUAAUUUUGUUGAUGUUAUGUUUGUCUGUAUACUUAACUAUAGCAAUAUCUGUGAUGCAUGAUUAUAAUCAAGAAUCUGUUAAAAAACACCACCGAUUUUUAAAUACAUUUUUACAAAUAA